AUGUCUACAGCGGUCUGCCACAGCUGCUGGCAGCUACCUCCGGCCUUUCUACUCCCGCGCGUAACCUUCAAACAUACAUCGAAACGCAGCAUAAAAUCCAUUUCGACCCCUCAAUAUAAUCGUUUCAACAAGGGUCAAGGCUUACCACGACUCGGAGCCUCUUCUGAAGCUGCACUUGAGCGAAAGGCCUAUACCACACCGUUACGAACCGGAGCUUUGGGCACUAAGAAGGGAAUGUCCGCCGUCUACGACACCGACACCGGACGGCGACAGGCUGUUACCAUAGUGCAGAUGGAUCGAGUCCAGGUGGUUGCGCACAAGACUAGAGACAGGGAUGGGUAUUACGCAGUUCAAGUGGGAUCGGGCUGGAAACAUCCAAGCAAUGUCACCCGUCCCUUACUGGGUCACUACGCAGAGAAUGGCGUGAGCCCCAAACGACAUCUGGUAGAGUUCAAGGUCAGAGAUGAGAAGGGUCUACUGGGUAUUGGUGAAAUGGUUGGUGCAGGAUGGUUUCAGGAGGGGCAAUUCGUCGAUGCAAAAGCGAAUUCAAGAGGGAUGGGUUUUGCUGGUGGCAUGAAAAGAUGGGGAUUCAAGGGUCAAGGAGCUUCGCAUGGUGUAUCAUUGACCCAUCGAACAAUGGGUUCGUCGGGACAAUCUCAAGGUGGCGGGUCAAGGGUUCUGCCAGGAAAGAAGAUGCCAGGUCGAAUGGGAGGACAUCAAGUUACCACGCAGAAUGUAAAGGUCGUGAAAAUUGAUGAUGAGAAGGGCAUUGUGGUGCUGUAUGGCUGUAUACCUGGACCCGAUGGAUGCUUGGUCAAGCUGUCGGAUGCAAUCAAGAAGCCAUGGCCAGAGAUACCCACGAUGACAUCAGGAGUUCAGGCCGCGGCAGAACCAUUGAGGGCGACUACAUGA